ACCCUCGUCCCUCGACGCUCGACCCUCGACCCUCGACCAUCGACCCUAGACCAUCGACCCUCGACCAUCGACCCUCGACCCUCGACCCUAGACCCUCGCCCCUUGACCCUAGACCAUCAUCCCUUGAUUCUCAACGCUAGACCAUGGACUCUUGACCAUCGACCCUCGACCCUCGACCCUCGAACGUGGUCCCUCGACCUUCGACCCUCGACCCUCGACCAUCGACUCUCGACCCUCUACCCUAAACCCUCGACCCUCGACCCUCGAUCCUCGAUCCUCGACCCUCGUCCCUCGACCCUCGACCCUCGACCCUCGACCCUCGACCCUCUACCAUCGACCCGAAACCCUCGAUACUCGAUAUCGACACUCGACCCUAGACCCUCGACCCUCGAUGCUCCACGCUCGACCCUCGACCCUCGACCCUCGACCCACGACCCUCGAUCCUUGACUCUCGAGCCUCGAGCCUCGACCCUCGACCCUCGGCCCUCGACCGUCGACUCUCGACCCUCGACCUUUGACCCUCGACACUUGACCCUCGAUCCUUGGCCCUCGAUUCUAGAACCUCGAUGCUCGAACCUCGACCCUCGACCCUAG